UUAACAUAUCAAUUCACGGUCAGAUGCAUUCCCCUUGUAGUUUGGGACUAUAAAAUUCUGAUCUAGGCUGAUUGGUCAUUCUCCCAAGUUUCUUUUUCUUCCUCUGGUUGGUAAAUCCAUAACAGAACCUAAGAGACUGGCAUCUUAGGCAUUCAUCAAUGUGAAACCCAAAUGGCAUUUCAAGAUUGAGCUGAAAUCAAUAGAAGCAACAGCAGCAACAGCUGGGAAGUUGUUCUUCAUGGAAUUCUGUAAAUUAUGGUCCACGCUGGUCAUGUUCAUGGCCUUAAUGGAUAUGGCGGUGAGAGGGAAGCACAUCCCAACAACUCUGGAAGGGCCGUUCCGACCAGUCACUCGUCGCUUCGAUUCGUCGUUGCGCGGAGGAAGUGAUGACUUGCCCAUGAAUCAUCCCAGGCUUGCUAAGAAAGUUCCCUCUAGUUUCCCUGAACAGAUUGCUCUAGCCAUCUCUUCACCAACUUCAAUGUGGGUUUCUUGGGUAACUGGGGAUGCUCAGAUUGGUUCUAAGGUCACUCCACUUGAUCCUUCUACAGUUGCUAGUGAGGUUUGGUAUGGGAAAGAGAGCGGGAACUAUACGUUUCUCCAGAAGGGAACAUCGACUGUGUAUAGUCAAUUGUACCCGUUUGAGGGCCUUUUGAACUACACAUCGGCCAUCAUUCAUCAUGUGAGGCUUGAAGGCCUUGAACCUGGGAAGAGAUACUAUUACAAGUGUGGAGAUAGUUCAUUAUCAGCUAUGAGUGAAGAACAUGUGUUUGAAACAUUGCCUUGGCCUAGCCCAAAUACGUAUCCCCGUAAGAUAGCAGUUGUUGGAGAUUUAGGUCUGACAAGCAAUUCAACAACAACUGUUGACCAUAUGAUCAAGAAUGAUCCUUCAAUGGUGUUAAUGGUUGGUGACUUAAGCUAUGCAAACCAAUACCUUACAACAGGUGACAAAGGAGUUCCAUGCUUUUCUUGUGCUUUCCCAGAUGCACCCAUUAGAGAGACAUAUCAACCCCGAUGGGAUGGCUGGGGAAGGUUUAUGGAGCCCCUGAUCUCAAGGGUUCCUAUGAUGGUGAUUGAAGGAAACCACGAGAUUGAGCCUCAAGCUGGUGGCAUCACUUUUAGUUCAUACCUUGCACGUUUUGCUGUUCCUUCACAGGAGUCUGGCUCCAACAGUAGUUUCUACUACUCAUUCAAUGCAGGAGGAAUACAUUUCAUAAUGUUGGGAGCAUAUGUUGGCUACAAUAGUACUGGUACUCAGUAUGCCUGGUUACAUGAAGAUUUACAUCUAGUGGACCGUUCAGUGACCCCCUGGCUGGUGGCUGCAUGGCAUCCUCCUUGGUAUAAUAGUUACUCAUCACAUUACCAGGAAUUUGAAUGCAUGAGACAGGAAAUGGAAACCCUACUAUAUCAAUAUGGAGUUGAUAUUGUUUUUUCUGGUCAUGUGCAUGCCUAUGAGCGGAUGAAUAGAGUAUACAACUAUACAUUGGAUCCAUGUGGACCUGUUUACAUAACAGUAGGAGAUGGAGGAAACAUUGAGAAAGUUGAUGUUGAGCAUGCAGAUGACCCUGGAAAGCGUCCUUUGGCAGGAGACAACAUACCUGAAUUUGGAGGGAUAUGCCAUUUGAAUAUUUCUUCUGGCCCCGCAAAAGAAAAAUUUUGUUGGGACAAACAACCAGAAUGGAGUGCAUAUAGAGAGAGCAGCUUUGGACAUGGAAUACUAGAGGUGGUAAAUUCAACAUAUGCUUUGUGGACUUGGCACAGGAAUCAGGACAUGUAUAAAGAAAAUAGCCAUGGUGAGCAAAUAUAUAUAGUACGGCAGCCUAAGCUGUGUUUGUCAAAUGUCAAACCAGUUGCAUAGUUCAAUCAGUAUCCUCUGACAAGGAUGAUAUUCUGUUCUAAUUUCUAAGUUGGGGAAACUUUUUCCUGAAAGCUUAUAUUGUUUAUUUGAUAAUUUUCAAAGGAAAGGGUUGAUGGUAGGUUACAAUCCUAUCUUGUAACACAAUCUAUUAAAUCUGCUAUAUAUUUCUAUUA